AUGGCGUACAAGGAUCGCGACCGCAUGGUGGAGGAGAUCAACGGUAGGGCCAUCAAACAGAUCGACGACGGUAGAACCAGAGGGGAACACGUCCCAUCAAAAAAAAUAUCCUCACGAACAUGUUGCUGCCCUCUGCCCUCUCACGACCACGCCGUCGGGGCAGUUUUGGCCACCUCCCCACACCUCGCCCCACCUCUUCCUCAGAUCCUCCCCGCCAGCCAUCGCCCUCGACCUGUGCCUCCGUCUGCACGCGCCGCCAGACCACCGCACCCAUGCUCCAAGUGCUCGGGCUGCCCCAUCCACGCGCUGCCCGGGCCGCCACACCCACUCGCCGCCCAGACACAGGCGCCGAACCUCCACGCUACAGAUGUAUUGGAGACGGCAGGCAGCGGCAGCAGGAGGAAGAUGACUGGGGCAACGAGCUCAGAUGCGCACUUCUCUGAAAGUCCAGGCAGCUGGCAACAGGCAACCAAGACCCAAGACGAUGGGCUAGUCUACUCUUUGGUUGGUGUCGAGCCACAGUUCCGAUGCCUUGCUGCUCAGGUCGGGAGAAGUCGCGGUAGUGCACACACUGUCGUUUGUUGCUGGGAUCAACAUACUACUAUAGUGAAUUUAUGGCUUCUAUCUUGCAUGGAUGCCUAGGUGGAUGUUGUUGUCGCCUUCAUGCCCACAAGAGCUUGUUUGUUGCCGAGGUCGCCAGGCAAAAGUGUCCUUUUCUGCUUCGAGCUGCUUUGACCGGUGGCACACUUCAGUGAUAAUGCUCUCACCAUGGACAACACAGUCGUGGGACUCGUGUUUGCUGGCGGAAAGGUGGAGCAAGAGGUCUCUGAAGCUGCAGCAGAACGAGUCUGUAGAGACGGUGUUGAAUUUUAUCAAGGUUUUUUCAUUUGUUUUGAACCAUCCAGGAGAGACAAGGUUGCUUCAUUUGCAAGCUCAAAACGCUUUAUGAUUGUAUUCUGCUUCUCUACCCAGUUCAUUGAACCUAUGCAAUUGGUUGUCGGUGUUUGAUCCCAUUAGUAGUAUGAUCAAUUUUGUUUUGAGACAUGCAGUCCCCAAAUCCAACACUCCCCACGAUCCGACGAAUGGGAGAGGGAAGAUGAGCAAUGGCCGCACCACUGUAGACAAACAGCUUAACACUGAGACAAAGCUCUAUAUCGAGGGAUGAAGUGUUUGGAGCCCGGAUGAAGAAUGCUUCCGAGGUGGAGAAAGAGGAGAACUAUUGAGAAUGCUUGCAAACCGCUUAGAAUUUUUGUUUAGCAGACUCGGACUCCUUGUGUUCUUUUUUUAGUCGCGGACUCCUUGUUUGAUACAAUACAUCUGAAGAGCCCUUUUUGCGCACUGUUCAAAUAAGCUCUUCAUUUUUAUGAGUCUGGUCAAACAAUGCACUUCAAAUAAUGAAGUUAUUGUCUCUGGGAUAUUUGGCCAAAUGUUGUACUUAUCAUCCUAGAUAAUCCCUAUUCAUUACG